GCCUGUAGUUACACUGACAGUGCGGUUACGCUGUAGAGCAGUGUCUGCUGUGCUUUACUCUUGUGUGAUUUUUAAAAAUUCUUUAAAAAGUCCUGACAAUGAGGGAGAUCGUGCAUGUACAAGCCGGGCAGUGCGGCAAUCAGAUCGGUGCCAAGUUCUGGGAAGUCAUCAGUGAUGAACAUGGCAUCGACCCGACUGGUACCUACCAUGGAGACAGUGACCUUCAGCUGGAUCGCAUUAACGUCUACUACAAUGAGGCAUCAGGAGGUAAAUAUGUUCCCCGUGCCAUCCUGGUGGACCUAGAGCCUGGCACCAUGGACUCUGUUCGCUCUGGACCAUUUGGGCAGAUCUUCCGACCGGAUAACUUUGUGUUCGGCCAGAGUGGUGCAGGCAACAACUGGGCGAAGGGACACUACACAGAGGGGGCAGAGCUGGUGGACUCAGUGCUGGACGUGGUGAGGAAGGAGGCAGAGAGCUGUGACUGCCUGCAGGGAUUCCAGCUGACCCACUCGCUUGGCGGUGGCACUGGUUCAGGCAUGGGCACGCUGCUGAUCAGCAAGAUCCGCGAGGAGUACCCGGACCGCAUCAUGAACACCUUCAGCGUGGUGCCCUCCCCGAAGGUGUCAGACACGGUGGUCGAGCCGUACAACGCCACGCUUUCGGUGCAUCAGCUGGUGGAGAACACCGAUGAGACCUACUGCAUUGACAACGAGGCCCUGUACGACAUCUGCUUCCGCACCCUCAAGCUGACCACCCCAACCUAUGGGGACCUCAACCAUCUGGUCUCGGCCACCAUGAGCGGGGUGACCACCUGCCUGCGCUUCCCUGGCCAGCUCAACGCCGACUUGCGCAAGCUGGCCGUCAACAUGGUCCCCUUCCCGCGCCUCCACUUCUUCAUGCCCGGCUUCGCCCCCCUCACCAGCCGUGGGAGCCAGCAGUACCGGGCCCUGACCGUUCCCGAGCUGACCCAGCAGGUUUUCGAUGCCAAGAACAUGAUGGCAGCCUGUGACCCACGCCACGGCCGCUACCUGACGGUGGCGGCGGUCUUCAGAGGACGCAUGUCCAUGAAGGAGGUGGAUGAGCAGAUGCUGAAUGUGCAGAACAAGAACAGCAGCUACUUCGUGGAAUGGAUCCCCAACAAUGUCAAGACGGCAGUGUGUGACAUCCCGCCGCGUGGCCUCAAGAUGGCCGUCACCUUCAUCGGCAACAGCACUGCCAUCCAGGAGCUCUUCAAGCGCAUCUCGGAGCAGUUCACCGCCAUGUUCCGGCGCAAAGCCUUCCUGCACUGGUACACGGGCGAGGGCAUGGACGAGAUGGAGUUCACCGAGGCCGAGAGCAACAUGAACGACCUGGUCUCUGAGUACCAGCAGUACCAGGAUGCCACCGCAGAGGAGGAGGGAGAGUUUGAAGAGGAGAUUGAGCAAGAUGAGGCCUGAGGGCCAGUCGGUUGCUCCCGCCUUUUUUGCUGUGUACAUAAAACAUCCUUUUUAACAACAAAACAGCAGGAGAAAAAAUAAUUGUUUAAAACAGGCGGGGUCCGUGGGCCCUCGGGUUCCACAGGACUUGAGUUCAAAGGAAAUUUUUUAACCCCUUCAUCCCCAUUUCCCCCUCCAUUGUAAUUCCAGCACCAGAUGUAUUGUCUCAGUUCCCCAGCUAAAGCACCAUGGCCCCAGAUGUGAAACACGCCCUGCACCCCAGUCCUAUUUUGCAUGCUUUAAAUCGAAACGGGCCAUGGUCGUCAUGAGAGUGUGGUAGUGAUACUUUUGUGGUUUUCUUUUAAUUUCACUUUUUGUGUUGGGAGCAGUUAGUAGGCACACUUGACUGAAGGAGGGGAGGGUGAGGAUGAGGGAGGUUGAAACAGGAAGGACCUGAGGAAUGUUGGGAUAGAGGGAAAUUGAAAGGCUGAGAUGUGAAAUUUCAUGGCGAUUGUCUCAGUGUUGGGCCUACCAGUCUGGGUGAGUGGGUGGAGCUGAGUUGUGAAGAUUUGAAGAGGGUCAGAUGAUGGGAAUUAGCAGUGGCUGGGUUGAAAUCUGGUUCAGGUGCUUUUGUGCUACGGCGGUUGCGCCUCUACCUCUGAGCCAGGAGGCCUGGAUUCAAAUCCUACCUGCUCCGUAGGUGUGUAAUAACAUCCCCUGAACUGGUGGAUUAGAGAAUUUGUGUAUUUGAAACGUUGCUCCUGACUUUUGGUAGUGCUGUGCACCAGCAGUCACUGACAUUCCACUAUUUUAAUGGAAUCCAAUUCCAUGCCUUUUGUUCAGUUGGCCCAAAGAUCCUGUUUGACCCCCAAAAGAGAGGGCCUUCACAACACACUUUCUUCCUUUUGAAAACAUGGGGGUUGCUUGGAAAUGGAUCUGUGCUAGUGGAGAAACAUUGAUAGGGAUCUCCCUUUUAAAUAUCAGGAGAGAAAGCUUCCCAAAUACAUGCUUUAUUUGUAGGUGUAGCGUCAUAGUCCAAAACCAGGUUUGGAGAUCCGCCACCCCACUUCUUGAUUGGUCAAAUUGUUCUGACAGGACGCUGGUGGCUUCUGUUUCAGUUGGGUUUGAAGUUCGCUGGCCUGCUCUCUCGCACCUCGCUGUCCAGUGCGCAGAAGGCAGAGGAUCUGCCUUGUGUGUACUGUUGGUCCGGUUUCAAUGUUCACUGCAUGCCUUUCACUCACUUUGGGCUUAUCUAGUGGGGCCAGGGCUCCAAGAGUGAGCUUGUUGCCUGGGUUUGGGCUAUGCUGUGGUUGGCCCUAGAUCUAUCAGCCAGCCAGGCAAUGGCUGGUGUCAACUGAUGCCCAGUGAUGCUGAACUGCAAAACAAGAAUGCACAAUAAUUUGGCACAAGAGUCUCAAAAACCACUUCAAAAUCCUGCAUCUUUGUUCAUUACACAUGAAGGAAUUGUCUGAGCUGUACAGGAAGUAAAAACUACAUUUCUCUCUUACCAACUUUCCUGUGAGAUUGUUGAACCUGUGAUGCUGUAAACUUUGUCUGUUUUUAGAUGUGUCCUACUUUUCAACUGCUUGUUCAAACUGUCUGGUUGAGUUUGUAUUGUCUGAAUACAAUCUUCCUUCUCUACCUGUCUAUGUGCCCUGUUUGGGGAUUUUUCCCACAAAUAAACCCUUUUGUUUUGGUCUCUAAUUGUCAGAAUAGCUGAGCCAGCAGUGUGGCUGGAGGAUGAGUUAAUUCCACACUGCCAGCUGUGGAAUUUUUUUUUGAGGGGAAGCAGAAUUUGCUGUAAAGUUACACUGUGCUCAACUUGUCACUAGUUGCUAACAGGAAGGGUGUUCCUGAUGGCCAAGGGGGUGGUGUGAGACAGUGUUCUUUUACCUGUUGAGCCUUUAAUGAACCUUUUUGAAGGAUUGUGACCUAGAUGUUCUUUGUUUUCCAUGUUGCUGCUUACUGAGUUCUCACCUGGUCUUUCAAUUUUUCCUUUUGUUUGCAUUUUGCUGCUGUCAAUGUCCUGUUACUGUUUUUAUAAAUCGCACCCUUCUCUUCCUUUUUUUUUUUGUUUUUUUCAUAUUGAAAAGUAUAAAGCCGGCCUGUUUCUUAACUGACAAAUAAAACCAGUUUUCUUUGCGAUA